GGGGAGGGGGGAGGGAGCAGGAGGAGGAGGAGGGGGCAGCCAUGCCGAGGGGGCGGCCUCCGGGGCCCGGCGGGGAGAGCGGCAAGGCCGGCAGCGAGGCAGAUGGUGUGCUGACCCCGACAAUAGAGAACAGUAAUUUUCCCUACCAAGUACCCAGCUUCCAUAAGUGUGAAAUCUGUUUGCUGUCUUUUCCAAAAGAGACCCAGUUCCAGCGCCAUAUGAGGGAUCAUGAGCAAAAUGACAAGCCUCACCGAUGUGACCAGUGUCCGAUGUCAUUUAAUGUUGAAUUCAACUUGACACUUCAUAAAUGUACUCACAAUGGUGAAGAUCCUACGUGUCCUGUGUGCAACAAGAAAUUCUCCAGAGUAGCAAGUCUGAAAGCUCAUAUAAUGCUGCAUGAGAAAGAAGAGAAUCUUAUCUGUUCAGAGUGUGGAGAUGAAUUUACUUUACAGAGUCAGCUGUCCAUACACAUGGAAGAACAUCGUCAAGAAUUGGCAGGCAGUAGGAUCCACAGCUGCAAAUCUUGCAAAAAGGAAUUUGAAACUUCCUCACAGCUAAAGGAACAUAUGAAAACUCACUAUAAAAUAAGGGUAUCAAAUACCAGAUCUUAUAACAGAAACAUUGACAGAAGUGGAUUUACCUAUUCCUGUCCUCACUGUGGAAAGACCUUCCAAAAACCAAGUCAGUUAACUCGACAUGUUAGAAUACACACAGGUGAAAGACCUUUUAAAUGUAGUGAAUGUGGAAAAGCCUUUAACCAGAAGGGGGCAUUGCAGACCCAUAUGAUCAAGCACACUGGUGAAAAACCCCAUGCUUGUGCCUUUUGUCCUGCUGCCUUUUCUCAGAAAGGCAAUCUUCAGUCACACAUACAGAGAGUUCAUUCAGAGGUCAAGAAUGGCCCUACGUACAACUGUACAGAAUGUAGCUGUGUCUUCAAAAGCUUGGGUAGUUUGAAUACACAUAUCAGCAAGAUGCACAUGGGUGGUCAACAGAAUUCUGCGAGCUCUUCAACAGAUGUAUCUCAUGUUACAGCGGAUUCUGUCGCCCAGCCUUUAACAACAUCUCCUGCUAAUCUUUUGCAACCUGUUGAUAAUAAAUGGAAGAACGCCACGCAUUUCCGGUCUCCGCUUCUUCAGCAGACAGAAAACCAGGUGUCUUCAGCUACUGCUAAUCAGGGACAACAGGCUGUAACUGAUGUCAUCCAGCAGCUCCUUGAGUUAUCAGAACCUGGUCCUGUAGAAAAUAACCAGCCUCAACAACCUGGUCAGCAACUCAGCAUUGCUGUGGGGAUCAAUAGAGAUAUUUUGCAGCAAGCUUUAGAGAACAGUGGGUUGUCUUCAAUUCCUGUCUCUGCACAUUCUACUGACUGCAGCCAAGCUAAGACUCCUGGGACCCAGGAUCAGAACCCAGAUGUCCAGACUCUCUCAAAUCAUCAGACUGACUCUAAUAAUGCAGAACAAGAUAAGGAGCAAGAGAGUACAGAUAAACUGGAUAAAAAAGAAAAAAAGGUUAUUAAGAAAAAAUCGCCAUUUUUACCUGGUUCUAUACGUGAAGAAAAUGGAAUAAGGUGGCAUGUUUGUCCUUACUGCUCUAAAGAAUUUAAAAAACCAAGUGAUUUAGUGCGCCACAUUCGCAUUCAUACCCAUGAGAAGCCAUUCAAGUGUCCCCAGUGUUUCCGCGCAUUUGCCGUUAAGAGUACUCUCACAGCACACAUAAAAACACACACUGGCAUUAAAGCUUUCAAGUGCCAAUUUUGUAUGAAAUGCUUUUCCACCUCAGGGAGUUUAAAAGUUCACAUUCGUCUACAUACAGGUGUUAGGCCUUUUGCUUGUCCUCACUGUGACAAAAAAUUUAGAACAUCAGGCCACCGGAAAACUCAUAUAGCUUCACAUUUUAAACACACGGAACUAAGAAAGCUGCGACAUCAACGUAAACCUGCAAAAGUUCGAGUAGGAAAAACAAGUGUCCCUGUACCAGACAUCCCUUUGCAAGAGCCCAUACUCAUCACUGAUUUAGGUCUUAUCCAGCCAAUCCCAAGGAAUAGCCAGUUCUUCCAAAAUUAUUUUAACAACAAUUUUGUGAAUGAUGCAGACAGACCAUAUAAGUGUUUUUAUUGCCAUCGAGCCUAUAAAAAAUCUUGUCAUCUUAAACAACAUAUCAGGUCACAUACUGGUGAAAAGCCAUUUAAGUGCUCUCAGUGUGGAAGAGGUUUUGUGUCAGCGGGAGUUCUGAAAGCGCAUAUUAGAACACACACUGGACUGAAAGCUUUUAAGUGUCUUAUAUGCAAUGGGGCCUUCACUACUGGUGGUAGCCUCAGGCGACAUAUGGGAAUCCAUAAUGACCUUCGACCAUAUAUGUGUCCGUAUUGUCAAAAAACAUUCAAAACAUCACUAAACUGUAAAAAACACAUGAAGACUCAUAGGUACGAACUUGCACAGCAACUUCAGCAGCAUCAGCAGUCUGCUUCAAUAGAUGACUCUACAGUAGAUCAGCAGAGCAUACAUGUUUCCACACAGAUGCAAGUGGAGAUUGAAAGCGAUGAGCUUCAGCAGUCAGAAGCUGUUGCAACAGAUCAGCAGGCUAUUUUAGAGUUAGACCAGCAGCCAGUAGUAGGCACAGAAGAAACAGCACUAGAACAACAAUUGGCUGAUCAGCCUUUAGAGCAAGAUGAGGAUAGAUUUGUGACAUCCCAGCAUACUUUACAAGAAAACAUCGCUCAGUUCGAGCAACAAGCUAUAACACAGCAGUCAUUUGAUCAACAGGGCUUAUCACAAGGUUUUACAGUGAAUGACAGCUACAAUCAACAGACUCAAUUUCCAGCUGUACAGCAGCUGCAGGAUUCAAGCACACUUGAAUCUCAGGCUCUUUCAACGAGUUACCAUCCACCAACCCUUCUUCAAGUUCCAAAUACAGACACUAUUAAUGUAACUACUCGGUUGAUACAAGAUCAGUCAUCACAAGAAGAACUUGAAUUGCAUACCCAGCGGCCUCAUUUUCUUGAGGACAAUGAAGAUCAAAGCAGGCGUUCAUAUAGAUGUGAAUAUUGCAACAAGGGUUUUAAGAAAUCCAGCCAUUUGAAACAACAUGUACGAUCACAUACUGGUGAGAAGCCUUAUAAAUGCCAACUAUGUGGCCGUGGCUUUGUUUCAUCAGGAGUUCUUAAGUCACAUGAAAAGACUCAUACAGGAGUUAAAGCAUUCAGCUGUAGCAUUUGCAAUACGUCCUUCACAACUAAUGGCAGCCUUACAAGGCACAUGGCAACUCACAUGAGCAUGAAGCCUUACAAGUGCCCAUUCUGUGAUGAAAGUUUUCGAACAACAGUUCACUGCAAAAAACAUAUGAAAAAACAUCAGGCAGUCUCCUCAGCUGUAGCAGCAGCUACAGAAACAGGAGGGGGAGUUACGUGUGUUGAAGAUGACGAAGAAAACUCUGAAAGAACUUCAAGAAAAUCUCGUCCUGGAGUUAUAACUUUCACAGAAGAAGAAACAGCAGAACUGGCAAAGAUUAGGCCUCGAGAAAGUGCCACAGUCUCAGAAAAAGUUCUUGUUCAGUCUGCUGCAGAGAAAGACAGAAUUAGUGAGAUCAAAGAUAAGCAGGCAGAACUGGAAGCAGAGCCUAAAUACGCUAACUGUUGCAGUUACUGCCCCAAAAGCUUUAAAAAGCCCAGUGAUUUAGUCAGGCAUGUUCGUAUCCAUACUGGAGAGAAGCCGUAUAAGUGUGAAGAAUGUGGGAAGAGUUUCACUGUAAAAUCCACUCUAGAUUGUCAUGUUAAAACACACACAGGUCAGAAGCUGUUCAGUUGUCAUGUGUGCAGUAAUUCUUUUUCUACAAAAGGAAGUCUAAAAGUCCACAUGCGUCUGCAUACAGGAGCAAAGCCGUUCAAAUGUCCGCACUGUGAUUUACGGUUUCGUACGUCUGGGCGCAGAAAAACCCACAUACAGUGUCAUUAUAAACCAGAGACCAAGAAGGUUAGGAAGCCUGUUGCCCGUACUUCAACUGAGGGACUACAGCCAGUCAGUCUCCUUAAUUCAUCCUCAACAGACCCAAAUGUUUUCAUCAUGAAUAACUCUGUUUUGACGAGUCAGUUUGAUCAAAAUUUACUUCAACAAGGACUUGUGGGCCAGGCUAUUCUGCCUGCUUCUGUGUCAGCUGGAGGUGACUUAACUGUGUCCUUGACAGAUGGUAGCUUGGCCACUCUUGAAGGAAUACAGUUACAACUUGCUGCUAAUCUAGUUGGACAAAAUGUUCAAAUCUCUGGAAUAGAUGCCACCAGUAUUAACAACAUAACAUUACAGAUUGAUCCAAGUAUUCUACAGCAGAGUAAUUUACUUGCUCAGCAGCUAACUGGAGAUCCCAAUAUGGCUUCACAGAAUCCCACCCUCCAGACAACAGAAAACACAGUGCCUGCUAAUGUGGUUAUUCAGCCUAUAUCAGGCCUGUCUUUACAGCCUACAGUAACAUCUUCAGCUAACAUGACAAUAGGAUCCCUGUCUGAGCAAGAGUCUGUGCUGACAACCAAUGCUAGUGGUACACAGGACAUCUCUCAAGUCAUGACUUCACAGGGUAUGGUAUCAUCUUCAAAUGGACAACAUGAGAUAACGUUGACCAUAAAUAAUUCCAGUUUGAGCCAAGUUUUGGCUCAUGCUACAGGUUCUACUACUACAAACUCUUCAGGAAGUCCUCAAGAAAUCACUCUUACAAUAUCUGGCCAAGAUCUUAUUCAGCAUAAUUCUGGAAGCAGUGAUAUGAAUGGUAGCUUAAGGCUGACAACACCAACCAUCAACAGCCAGAGUACAGGGGCGACAUUAACUAUAAGCAAUGACCAGCUUCUUUCUCAGGGCACUUCACUAAAUGCUCCAGAGCUUAGUACAACAGGUGGAACAAACCUUCCUUCAACAACACCCAUGUCUCAGUCUACAGUUUCUACACAGAAUUUGGUAAUGUCUUCAUCGGGAGUUGGAGGAGAUGGUAGUGUCACUUUGACUCUUGCUGACACUCAGGGAAUGUUGUCGGGUGGUCUUGAUGCGGUUACGCUUAAUAUCACUUCACAGGGUCAGCAGUUCCCUGCUAUACUUACGGAUUCCAGUCUCGCUAGCCAAAGUGGGUCAGGCUCACAGCAAGUCAUACUGGUGAGCCAUACACCCCAUUCAGCAGCUGCCAACUCUGAAGAAAUAACAUAUCAGGUGGCAGAGGUUUCUCCUAAUGUGACUAAAAGCAGUCAAGCAGAAAAAGAAAGUCGUGUGCACCAGUGUUUUGAGUGUAGUCAGACGUUCUCUUCAGCCACCAUGUUGAUGCACCAUAGUAAAGAGGUUCAUGGCAAGGAAAGAAUACAUGUUUGCCACGUCUGCAAUAAAGCCUUUAAGCGGGCAACGCAUCUCAAGGAACACAUACAAACCCAUCAGGCUGGACCUUCACUGAGUUCCCAGAAGCCUAGGGUGUUUAAGUGUGAUACUUGUGAAAAAGCUUUCGCUAAGCCAAGUCAGCUGGAGAGACAUAGUCGCAUUCACACAGGGGAACGGCCGUUUCAGUGUACACAAUGUGAAAAGGCUUUUAACCAGAAGAGCGCUCUUCAAGUUCAUAUGAAAAAGCACACAGGAGAAAGGCCUUAUAAAUGUGAUUACUGUGCAAUGGGAUUUACACAGAAAAGCAAUAUGAAACUCCAUAUGAAACGGGCUCAUGGUUACACUGGUCCUGUACAAGAACAAGCUAGCAAUCAAGAACAAGAAGGGGAAGAUAUUAGUCGUGCUCUGAAUUUAGAAGAAGUGGUACAAGAAUCUUCAAAUGAAUGGCAAAGUAUAGGCAGUGUUUUUCGAUGACAACUUUAAAUCUGAAAGCUAAAAAUGUUUUUGGGACUUGAAUUUCUCUAUGAACGAGUUUUCAGAGGAGAAAAAGAUGGAUUUUACUGUUGAAGCUUCAAGCAUUGGAAAUAUUAACAAUAGAAUAAUAUAUUAUAGUUUUUUUUAAUUAUUUACGAAAGUUACCUAAAAGAAUCGUUGUCUUUUUUUAAGCUUGUUGAAAAAUAUUGGGAAAACAUCACUUAAUCUGUGCAAGUUGUCUGUGAAUCAAUGAACUCAGGUAAUACUGUAUACAGUUUCAUCUUCUAAUUCACAGCCAGUAUAUCUAUUUGAAAAGUAAACUGGAACUUCAUACCAGAGUAGAACGAUUCCCAUUUUUAAAGGAGAUGAAGAAUAAAUUAACUUCAUGGGGAAGCUAUGAAGCUGUUAGCUUCCUUUUUUUUUUUUUUCCUCUUGUUUAAAGAAAUAAUUGAGUUUGGAAACAAUGUUACAAAGUAGAUGCAUGCGGUAUAAAUUAGAUUUUUGUUUUUACAAGGCACGGGAAAAUGCUAUAUUUCUGUUUUAACCAUUUUGAGAAUUUGAAAAAAAAUAAAUUGCCAUAAACUUAUGGCUUUUCUUGAGUUAAGCUCUUCAGAGGGCACAUAUUCAUUUCCAUUCCAACCACAGGGGCAGUUCAAUUCGUUGUUAGAUUUUACAUUCAAAUGCCUGAGAUUUUAAACUCAGCAAUAAUUAUUUAAAGAAAAUUCAAACUAGAAGAGGUUACAAAGAAAUCCUCUUUUAUGUUUGCUGUACUGGAUCAGCAGGUACAUAUCCCAGUAUCUGUGGAAAGCACAGCCGUAUAUUAAAUUUGGGAAGUAAACAUGCAGUUCUCUGGUAGUGGCAGUCAGAAAGUGAGUUGCACAUUAGGUCAUCUAUAUUAUACAAAAUUCCCCAGUGCUGUAAACGGUUAUUUCGAAUCUGUAAAUUUCUCAUUGUUUUCUUUGUGAAUUUGGGAACAUGUUACUUUCAUAUGUUGUUGUUGAAGUCAUUGUUUCAGCAAAACUACCUAGUUGACGAAGUAAUGCUUUGAAAGGUGCCACUUCUUAAGUAUAUUCAUAGCAAAGAAACACUGGAGUAAAAACAUAGUCAUCUUUUAGACAUUCCAAAGACAGAAGCUUUUUUUUAUUUUUACCUUGUUCUUUUGAGUUUUAUUUAUAUGUUACAUAUAUAUAGAUAUAUAUAUAUGUGUGCUUGUAUAUAUAUAUUUAAAGUUAUAUGAGCCUCUGUGUGGCUGAUCAGUAUAUUUUGUAAAUACUAAUCCCAUUUGCAGGAAGUUCAUCUUUUCAUUUUGCUGCAAGUACUUCUAGAUCAGUGGUGGAUUCAUUGUACUAUAAUACAGAGCUAGAUUUUAAUUUACUUUCUGAAAGAUAAUUGCUCUCAAAUCCAGAAAGCCCUUUUUUGUAAAUAUUGUCUAUACUUUGUCUAUGAUACAAACUAGUUAUUUCGGAUUGCUGAAUCAAGAAAUCACUGUUGUUUUUGAUAGGGCAUCUCUCAAUUCUUUUGUUAACUCUUUGGCAUAUGUAUAUAAGUAAUAUAGUUGGUGACAUGAAAAUAACACUUUUGUUAUGUGGAAUAUUUAAUUCAAAAACAUGUUAAAUAAUAUUACUUUUUUCCAAAUUCUGCUUCGUGUAUUUUUUGAGCAUUUGACUCAGGAUUCUAGGAAACUGAAAACUGUUCGACAGAAGUGUGCCUCUCUCAUAUUUAAAGAGAUUAUGUGAAGGUCUUCCAGCAGUGCCAUUCCUUCCAGACAGCGUUAGUGUUUCAGCUGUUUAAGAAGGAAAUUUUACAGUUGUUGUCUGAAGGCAUACCAACCCCUUUACACGGUGCCCUAUUUACCAAUAAGAAGACAGAUUUUGAAGUUACACAGUCCCGAAAAAUCUCAGAUGGGCUGUGAGAUACAUGCCAUGUAUAAAACAUUUCUCCCACUCUUUCAGAGAAUAGUGUGUGCACAGCAAGGUUUGCUGGAGUUGAUUUGUUGCAUAUGUGAUGACGGUGUCCAGAGGUGGCCGACUACACUUCGACAGAAAACGAUUUGCAUGUGGUCAUGUCCAGAUGUAAUUGCAUCCUUCAUACUGGCAGUGGGAUUCUUGAACAUGCUCUGCCUGUGGUUGCUUUGCAGCAAGUCAGAAGUGGCAGUGGUUGGCACUAAGAGAUGAGAUCAUGUGCUAAAAACAGAUCUCGUGAGUAAAAGGAUGCAUUUUUAAAAUGAUUACUUCAAGUGUUUUCUCAACAAGAGGCAACAAGUGUUUGUUGCAAGUCUUUGGAAGUGACAAAUCAACAGCAUGAGUUAUGUAGUCACCUGACACUUUUCCUGAAUUCAAUUUGCAUCUCCUUUAGCACUUGCAGUCCUGACAGUUACAGUAAAUAGACUUCCUAAGAACAUUUUUGUACCAUGGUAUUUUGUGUGCUUGCCAUACCACCAACCCACCUCCUUGCUGGUGAACUUCAGGAAUCCACUCCCAAGUAUCCUUGAUACAGAGGUUUUCAUAGCACAUGACUUGGUGAGAUCAAAUGGGAAACUUUCAGAGCAAUAUAUCUGAUGUUCAGUACAAAUACAGGCAGUGGAACAAAUAUGUUAAUAAUGCUCUUGAAAAUCCAAAGCAGAUGCAUCUUGUUUAGGAACUGGAAAGAACCCUUAUUCAGGGACCUUGCUGAAGAGUCAGACUGGCUAGUGGGGUAAGGCAAAACAGGACUUAGGAAUGCCUCUGUUCUUUCCGGUUUGUUGCAGUAAUAGGUUUCUGCUUGCCUCAGGCCUUUUGGCAUGGGUCUGCUCAAGAAUUGCUUUUGGUUUAUGUCUUUAUGUCCAUUCCCUCAGCACAAGAAAUGACAAACUCCUAGUGUUGGUUGUCCAUUCGUACCAGAAAAAUCUUUUUUUUCAUUAGUCACAUAGCCAUAUAAAUUGCUGUUUUGUCAGCAAAGCUACUAUUGAGUAAUUAAAAAGAAAGAUUUCACUCUAAGUUUUAGCCUCACAAGACUUGUGUUGGUAAAAUAUUGUUUUAAAUUACUGUACCUUUUCUUCCUGUAUGAAGUAAACAAACAAAAAAGACACUUCCAGCCUCUGAAAAAGGUUACUGGGGAGAAGAGUGGUGAAGGAAAGGAAGAGGCUUUAGCUAAGAUCAGUAGCUGUACAGUGCUAUAUUCAGAUUUCUCUCAUUUUUUACCUUAAUUAUUCUUUACGAGUUUUGAAGAAUUCCUUAAAAAUUAGAGUUUUUACAUGCUCUGUUCAAGGAAGCCAGUUUGUGCUAUACUUGUCUGCAAAGGACAGGAUUUAAUUGCCUAUACAUAGGCAUUUUAUGUCUUGCAAUAUUCCCCUGGUCUUUAGCUGCCGCUGCAGGGACACUGGUCUCCCAUAAAUCCCAUGUCAUAUUUGUCAGCCUUGUGGGCCAUGUUAAGUCACCGGCAAUGUCACUAGAAGCCUGUGAACAGGCAAGUGAGUCCUGCCCA